AUGUCCAUUGUCUUGCUCUUAUCGCUUCUGUCGAUAGUGUAUUCCAUCAACGACCAGUGCACUUCUGCCACUGUUGUUGAUUUAACACUGCAAGAGGAGUUCACAACAACAGAAGACACAACAGUCACCCCCCUUUCUUCGGCCAGAGUAGGUACCCAAGUCCGAGAGAUGCAUGGGAAGUGGUAUCGAGUUGAGACUGCUGGGUUAGGUAAUAAAAUAGAAAUAGAUACCUGUAUCUUAGGAAACACGAAUUAUAACUCCAAGAUCAUGGUAUUUUCGUCAUGUAGCGAUGGUGUAGGUACAAAUUUAGUGACCAUGAACGACGACUCUUUUGCGGGGUGUGGGUCUGCUGCGCGACUCUUGAUGUCUGAUAUUAAAAAGAGGUCGUUUUAUGUCUUUGUUACUGGGUCUGAAGUGUCCGACGUUGGUGUUUUUGGACUUAUGAUACGACUCCUCCCACCACCUGAAAAUACACAAUGUCCAAAAGCUAUUGAAAUCAAAGACUUUCCAAAGUAUGUUGAAGCUGUAACUACAGGUAUACCACCUAACUACCAUGGCCUUUCUGGUGUGUUCUAUCACUUCAGAGGGAAUGGAAAGAGAAUACAUAUCGGCACAUGCCAUCGAGCAACUAAUGUCGAUACUGUAGUCAAUGUAUUUGAUGGAUGUGAGUCGAUGAAUGUUAUACCAACAGAUCAUACGGCGUGCUCUGAUGGUAACAUGGGGAGUAAAGUUCAUGUUGACACUAUUGUAGGAAAGGAAUAUUUCAUUCACUUAGCUUCCUCACCAAAGAAGAGAGGGAUGUUUAUAGCUUAUUUUGAAUUGGAAAGCUUGUUUGUUCCUAUGAACUGUAACAAAGCAAGUGCAAUCACACAGCUCCCAUAUGCACACACAACUACAUUAGACGGAGAAGUCCAGAGUAUGAGCUGUGGAAAUACACUUCAGAAAACGGGUGCGUGGUAUUCUAUCAUGGGAGAUGGGUAUGACUAUAUAAUGUACACAUGUAAUAGUAUGAAUGGACCACAAGAUGGCACUGUUAUUGAAGUAUUUGAGAGUUGUGAGAGUAAUUCGCGAUGUGAAAUGAAUGACAAUGGCUGUGGAUUACAUGGGAAAAUUAGUAAACGACUUGAGACUGGAAAGAAUUAUUUCAUUAAAGUCAGUUGUGCCAAUCCACAUAGUAAGUGCAGAGUCACUUUGAAUGUCGAUAAGUUAAAUACACAAGGUGAUAUCAACACGUGUGUGUUUGGUAAAGCAGUGAAUGUGGAGAGCUUUGACGAUGUCUUCACUGACGCUUUUGAUGUUUCCCGCGCCCGAAAAAUAGAGACGAAGUGUGGAGGAAGUAAUACACAACGGGGUGUCUGGUAUAAAGUGCAGAACAAAAUGAAAUAUGCAUUCCCCCUCUUUGUUCAAUCAAAUGUCAUUCUAGCAAGCUCAAACAAACACACUGCAGAGAUUCAAAUGUAUCGGUCGUGUUCUUUGGAGUGCGAAGAGAGACAACAGAGUGUUCAUCGAGUGACAUUAAAGCCACAAGAGACGGUGAUGAUAUUUAUAACUGCACCACAAGAUGAAGGUCAGAUGAGUGUUUACAUGCGAAGAGACUUCAAUCAACAACACGACACUUGUAAAACUGCUAUUGAAUUCAACGCGCCAUUCUCUCUUGUUGAAUACAAAAGUAAUUUGGGGAUGAAAACAACACCCGUUUGUGCGGGAAAUGUUGUUGGCCGUCACACGGGGAUUUAUUAUUAUUUCCAAAGCCCAGUGACUGACACUAUGGUAGUCGAAACGUGUGGCUUAGAGACUCAAUUUGAUACUUAUGUUGAAGUCUUCCAAGGGUGUGGAAGUGACGCAACAUGUGUAUUGUCAAAUGAUGAUGCGCCCGAGUGCGGAAGUUCAGCGAGUUAUGUCAAAUUUGAAGCGCAACAAGGUGCAGAGUAUUACAUCUACAUUUCUGAGGCAAGCAAAGCCACAGACACCGAAGGGACUUUUAGAUUGAAUGUCUACACAUUAAUUCCUCCAACGCACUCGACGUGUCAACGUGCUGAAAAUUUGACACCGGGACUGACACAGUACGCGCUAACCAAAUACGCGUUUGACUCAGUGAGUAAUUGCAAUUUGAACGAGAGAAGAGAUAUAUCAAGUCUGACAUAUGGGUCUAUUUCUAAGAAACAGAAAUCAAAGCAACAUCUGAAGGGGGUGUGGUACAAGUACACUGCCACUGUCUUGGGGAAGUUACAUGUGAACACUUGUAACGCAGCAACAUCCGUCAGGACUCGAAUGGGUAUUUAUAAGUCAUGUGGAGUACAGAACGACAUCUCAUAUCCCGACCAAUGUGUGAUUGAAAACACCGUGUCGUAUCAAUCGUGCUCGACAAGAGGCACUUAUGUUUCUGUCAACUUAAAUGCUGGAGAAACAGUGUUUGUCUUUGUUGGAGGAGAGACGGACAGAGACGUUGGAUUUGUUGCUGUUGAUUCUGACUUCCAGACGAGUGCGCCGGAGUUCAAAAGAAUAGUGUACACCCCAAGAGUAGGACCAAGACGAUUGAAAGAAAGAAGAACGUUGUGGUUCUUGUGGGCGUUCUGGCUCUUCUUCUACUCUGCGAUGUGCCUUAUAGUCUUUGGUGUGUUAAAGUAUUUUGGAAAGAAAGAUGACUUCCUUGGGUAUCACGAGUUAUAA